AGGAUUACUGACGUCCUGAGCGCAGUCCUCUGAGACUGACAGAGCGAGUGAAGAGAUCAAAGGAGUAAGACAGAUGGGACAGGUAGCAGUUGUCUUUGGUCCCCAUUCUCUAGUAGCAUCGUUCUGCUGCUAUGGUGCCGAUCCAUACUCUGCACCCUCAGCCUGAUGAGGGGACACCUAAACAAAGUGAUCAGCCGACCAAGAUGCUAAUCGUGCUAGACAGUGAGGACAGUGAGGAAGAGUCCAUUGAAGAACAGCAGCCGGUUACGCCAUGGAAUGACCUGUGUAUUAUAGAUCGCGUAGGCUUCAACAGUGCUAAGAUGUCAGAGGAACAAGUGGAGAAUGUAUUCUCCCAGAUUGCGCUGGCCUUUCGUAGUGACCAGUACACCCUGAAGCAGAGGCUGCAGGCAGAGGAGCAUGCAAGGAACCUGGCUGAGGAGAACAUCCAGCUGGAGUUGAUGAGAGGCCGGGAGACACUGGAGACUCUAAAGGAUCUGUGUCUGGACAGUACGCGCAGUAAGAUCCUCCAGAGACUAGAGCUGUGUCUGGAUAUACUGGGAGGAACAGUGGAGAGAAUCUCCAACACAGCAGAGGUGUUGGGAGCUGUACAUCAGGAGGCUCGUGUGAGUCGAGCGGUGGAGCUGAUGGUGAGCCACGUUGACAACCUGAAGAGGCGUUAUGAGAGAGACAUCACGGAGCUGGACGAGACCAAGAAACUCAACAGGAAAACCCUCUGUAGGAACUACAGCGACCCGAGAGAUGAAGGAGAGUUCAGGCAGAGGGACAAUAAAACCUCUCAGCAGUUGCACAUUGGUGCAAGUCGUCGAAGGGUCAGCAUAGCAGUGGUCACCAAACAAGCCCAGGAAAAGAGAAAACGGGAAAGAGGGCUGCAGAAGUCAUUCUCAUUAGAUCUUGGGAUAGGCAAGAAGUCACUCUCAACCCCAUCUCCAUCAAUGGACUCCAUCACAGAGUCCAACCCUUCAGUCAUGGUCAAGACAGAAGAGAUGGAUGUUCCCUUACUGGAUGGCAGACCACAUGAAGCCCAUGAUGAUAACAAACAAGAAGUCGCUGCUGUUGUCCAGUCACCACCGGAACCAGACCUUUCUCCAGUCUAUAUAGCAACCUGUCCCACUCUCACACACAAGCCAAACGAAGUGGACACCAAGAAAAACAGCAUGAGGUACAGCCAUAAAGGCAAGUCCGCACUGGAGAGGACGGAGAGGAGGAAAGGGAACAGAGAGAAAACAAUGAUGACACACACCGACCAAUGCAUCACUGGAACGUGUGGCCCUAUGUGCAGAGAGCACCCCCUGGCCCAUUGGAUGUGGCACUGCCGCUGGGUUGUCCUCAGUGUGUAUCUGGUAGUGCUCUGCUGUGUGAUACUACUGAUCAUCCUCUUCUGGCUCGGUCCUGAACGUCUGCUGUGAGCUGAUGAGAUUUAACACAAACACUUCCUGAAGGAGACAGACAGACAAAGCACUUCCUGGUUCUGACCUGGCUUCUGAUUGGUCAUUGAACAGCUUCACCCAAUAAACAUUCCUGAAAGAA